CAGGCAGCUUCAUCGCCCGGCCCUUGCCCAGCAUGACGGUCCCAAGCUCCUCAAGUCUACCUGAUUUUCUAUCCGAACCUUCAUUUACUACAAUCAAGCAGGCUUUCCCUGUGAUCACCACAAUAUCUCUAGCUAUUGUUGCUUUGAUCUCGUUCGUUGUUUUUACCCAAAGAUCGAAAUAUCCUAUCGCCAAUGCUCCUGCCUGGUUAGAACUCACUACACUCAGACGUAUGAAGUAUAUGAAGGACGGUCACACGGUACUUGACAAUGCUCUAAAGCAAUAUGGCGAAAAGCCCUUCAAGCUCUUGACCAACUCGGGCAUGGUCACUGUCUUCCCACCUGAGUACGCAAACAUGAUUCGCAAUGAGCGUCAAUUGGUAUUUGCCAAAGCAUUUGCACAUGAUUUUGCAGCCAAAAUGCCUGGUUUGGAACCGUUCAAUUUCCUUGAUCUGCCAGACAGAGUUAUACAGACGGUAUCCAAAAAGCAGCUUACCAAGUCCUUGAAAUGGAAAGAGAUCAUCAUAACAGAUUCCAUUCUCCAACUGAUCGCUCGCCUGUCAGGUAAGGUUUUUCUUGGUGAUGAGCUAUGCCGAAAUGAAUCUUGGCUCGAAGUCUCCAAGAAUUACACGGUGCUCGCUGUGGGUUUUAGUAAAACGAGUUCCUUUCUUCCUGGACCACUAAAGCGUGUAUGGUCUUGGUUCGUGGAUGACAGCAAACUUAUCCGGAAAUAUUUUAAAGAAGCACGCGAUAUCUUAGCACCAAUUCUGGAAAACCGCAAGCAAGCCAAGGCAGAAGCAGAGAGAAAAGGCAAGUCCGCCCCUGUCUACAAUGACAUGCUAGAGUGGCUGGAGCAAGAGGGUCAAACAGACGUGAGCAAUCUUGUUGCAUGCCAGAUGUUGCUCUCGGUAGCCGCUAUCCACACCACCUCGGAGUUGUUGAACCAGACAAUGUUGCAUCUGGCAAGCGAUCCCCGCCAUAUUGAAGACUUGCGAAAGGAAAUCAUUGAGGUUCUCACUGCCGACGGCUUGAGCAAGGCAGCGCUCUCCAACCUAAAGCUCAUGGACAGUGCUAUAAAGGAAACUCAAAGACUUACCCCAGUUAGUUACUUAUCAAUGAGAAGGAUUGCAGCGGAAAAGGUCACGCUCGCGGAUGGCACGGUCAUCAACAAAGGUGAUUACACGGUUGUAAACGGUAAAACCAUGGCCGACCCGCAAAUUUGGCUCGAACCAGAAAAGUACGACAUAUACCGAUAUUACCGCCUGCGACAAGACCCUGUUACAGCCAACAAAGCCCACUUGGUCUCUACCAGCCCCAAUCACAUGGGAUUCGGCCAUGGGGAUCAAGCGUGCCCUGGCCGUUUCUUCGCUGCCAACGAGAUCAAGAUUGCAAUAUGCCAUCUUUUGCUAAAGUAUGACUGGGAACUUGCACCUGGUGCAAACGUGGCGCCAGUCCAUGCGUUUGCUGAGACCAUGACCAUCGAUCCGAACAACAAGGUACGAUUCAGGCGCCGCCGGGAAGAACUGGAUCUAGAGUCUUUGUUUUCCAAAUAAGGGCUUGGCCAUUCCUUAGCGUAUAGACUCGGAACGUGUCAGCAUGUACGCAGUUUCCGGUGUUUCCUUGUUUACAGUUGCGCUGUGUGCUAAGAAAAUUGAACGCGAAAUUGAUUAUGUGUUGGUUUACUGGUGUAGUUUCCUUUGUAUGAUGUAGUAGGGGUUUCUUCUCGUAGGGGGACUUUGUGGUAGAAAGAAUCUCAUUUGUGCAACGAAUUUCACCAGUAAACGAGAUUUUACAUACGAGACAUACGAGAAUGCUUAUAUCUCACUAUCUUCUACUGGCCUG